AUGGGAAACUGCUUAGAUUCUUCAGCUAAAGUAGACACAGCACAGAGCUCCUUUGGUACUUUGGGAUCAGGGGUUUCCAAAAUUUCCAGCAAAACCAGCCCUUCCUCAGCUCCCCCCAGCUUGACCAUCCCAUCAUCUGGUGAAAGGAGCAAUGGUUCAAGUCUUCCUACCCCAAGAACUGAAGGUGAAAUAUUGUCGUCUCCAAAUUUGAAAGCCUUCUCAUUCAAUGAGCUAAAGAAUGCCACCAGAAACUUUCGCCCUGACAGUCUUCUCGGUGAAGGAGGAUUCGGUUAUGUUUUCAAAGGAUGGAUUAAUGAACACACAUUGACAGCUGCAAAACCAGGGUCCGGAAUGGUUGUUGCUGUCAAGAAGCUCAAACCUGAAGGUUUCCAAGGCCACAAGGAGUGGUUGACAGAAGUAAAUUAUCUUGGCCAACUGUACCAUCCAAAUCUGGUUAAGCUAAUCGGGUACUGCUUGGAGGCUGAGAACCGUCUUUUAGUGUAUGAGUUCAUGCCGAAAGGAAGCUUAGAGAAUCAUCUGUUUAGAAGAGGGCCGCAACCACUUUCAUGGGCAACAAGAAUGAAAGUGGCCAUAGGUGCUGCCAGGGGCCUCAGUUUUCUUCAUGAGGCCGAAUCACAAGUCAUAUAUCGGGACUUUAAGGCCUCCAAUAUCUUACUAGAUUCAGAAUUCAAUGCGAAGCUUUCUGAUUUUGGCUUAGCUAAGGCGGGCCCCACUGGUGACAGGACUCAUGUAUCUACUCAAGUCAUGGGUACUCAAGGCUAUGCAGCACCUGAAUAUGUUGCUACAGGUAGAUUGACUGCUAAAAGUGAUGUGUAUAGUUUUGGUGUUGUAUUACUGGAAUUAUUGUCUGGACGGCGAGCUGUCGAUAAAACAAAAGUUGGUGUCGAGCAGAAUCUUGUAGACUGGACAAAACCAUAUUUGGGUGACAAAAGAAAACUAUUUCGGAUUAUGGACACUAAGUUGGAGGGCCAAUAUCCACAGAAAGCAGCCUUUACAGCUGCUACUCUUGCUUCACAAUGCCUAUGCGUAGAAUCUAAACUUAGGCCAACAAUGUCGGUGGUAUUAGCUACGCUGGAGCAACUUGAAGCCCCAAAAACUGCAGCCAGAAACUCUCAAUCAGAACAGCAGACGCUUUCUGUUCCUCACCGGAAGUCACCAAUGCGACAACACCAUUCUCCUCUCAAUAUAACACCAAGCGCAUCCCCAUUGCUAUCCCACCGGCAAUCUCCACGUGUGCGUUGA